AGGGCUACUCAGAAUAUCCAGAACGAUGGGCCCACUACGUUGGGGAAUUGCAAGUGCUGGCAAGAUUUCGCACGAUUUCGCGAAUGCCGUCGGAACGCUGCCGGCGACGGACCAUCAAAUAGUGGCUGUCGCUGCCCGAAAGUUGUCGGAUGCUGAAAAAUUUGCCACCCUGCAUGGAAUAGCGACGGCACACGAAGGUUACGAGGCGUUAGCUAAAAAUCCGGACGUUGAUGUCGUUUACAUUGGGGCGGUUAAUAACGCACACUACGAACUGGGACUGCUGAUGCUUGAGCACGGAAAGCAUGUGUUGUGCGAGAAGCCGCUCUGCCUGAAUGAAGGCCAAUCGAAGCGACUUGUCAAGCGGGCGGCCGAACAGAAUCUGUUCCUGAUGGAAGCUAUCUGGUCGCGGUUUUUUCCGUUUUAUCGUCAGCUCCGGGAGCGUAUUGGCCGUGGUGAUCUAGGUACGAUUCAAGAGGUGGAAGUGGAGUUCGGAUUUGUGCUUUCCGACAUCGAUCGCUUGCGGCUCAAAAGUCUCGGAGGAGGUACCGUGCUGGAUCUAGGUGUCUACACGAUCCAGGUUUGCCUCUGGGCGUUCGGUGGUCAAGCCCCGGAAAAAGUGGUGGCGUCUGGUGUGACGAACGAUGAUGGUGUUGAUGUGGAGGUAACGGCUGAAUUGCAUUUUCCUGGCGGUGGUGUUGCACGUAUGAAAACUAGUGCUUUGGCUCAGUUGAAGAAUACCGCGGUAUUGCGAGGAACUAAAGGCAGUGUAACAUUGCAUGACUUCUGGUGUCCAUUGAAGCUUACCGAUUUGGACGGAACAACACGUGAAGAUAAGUUACCAGCAGCUCGGCAUCCAUUUAACUUUAUGAACAGUUGCGGGUUAAGAUACGAGGCAGAGGAAGUACGGCAAUGCAUUAAAACCGGCCAAUUGCAAUCGACGUCUGUGUCUCAUGCUGACAGUUUGAACAUUGCUCACAUACAGGAUGAGAUUCGGAAACAGGUUGGCGUUGUUUUCCCGGAAGAUGCCCAAUUUGCCUUGUGA